CUGGUUUAAAGUCUAAAAUCGGUAUUUUGGGAGGUUGCUUCCAUGAAAGACGUGUGCUCGUGUUAUGUCGGGUUUCAUUCGAAAUAGGUUUGUCUUUAAGUUCAGACAGUGGUAACAUUAACACCGAGAAAGCUUCCUUCCCCUAGCCCCGCCAUUCUGUUUAGUUUAAUUUAGUUUUUUUAACCGUACCGGUAUUUUUGAGAACGUGUUUAUCAAACCAUGGCGAACUCAGUAAACGGGUUAGUUAAUAUACUGGAAUCUUACAGGGGGCGAGAUAAGGUGGUUAGAACACUCUGCUAUGGCAGUCAGCUUGCUGGUGGGGUUUUGUGCCAGAAGGCGUCAGGGAGGUCUGAACUUGGAAAAAGCCUUUUAGUGUUUUCAGCACAGCUGAGUCAGUGUCGCACGGUGCUCAGGCUGUUUGAUGACCUCUCCAUGUACGCUUACUCGCGAGACUACGGCCUGGGAGCCAAGGAUGAAGACUCUGCCCUGCGUUGCAUGUCUGUGCUCAAUAACCUGGCUGACCAGCUGUACUACCCCUGUGAACACCUCGCCUGGGCUGCCGACGCCAAGGUCAUCAGCACACAGUCUGGCAAGUGGUGGACUUUGAGCACAGCACUGUGGGGGAUCUCUCUGCUACUGGGUAUAAUGAGGUCUCUGCGAGCGAUCGUGCUGUUUAAGAGAAAAUUGAAACAACGGGAGAGAGACAGGUGUGUGGGAAGCAGUGAGGCCCCUAAUGGAAUGGAGAACCGGCAGCAGCUAUGUUCUGAAGUCUUCAGCAUCCUCAGCAGCAUGGCAGACUUUGCGAAUGCCGUCAAUUGGAUGCCCCCAGGAUUCCUCUGGGCAGGGAAGUUCCCUGAUUGGCUGGUUGGACUGUUAGGCACCACCUCCUCACUGAUUGGUCUAUACCAGAUGUGCGCUGGAGGGAGCGGAGGCAGUGUUUAGUUAUACGAAGGCUUUAUAAACAUUUCCACACCUCCCGUUAGAGCUGGUAUCUGUCUUCUGUGACCUUGACCUGGAGGUCAAAGGCUUCCCACAGGACGAACUGACAAACAGAAUGCAUCACUGAUAAGAACAUCUCAUUUAUGCAGUAGUGUGCAAAUGUAUUAGAGCACCCCGUUGAUUCUGUUGUUUUGAUUCGUUGUGCAUAUGAAAUCAAACCACUGUAACUGAAAAUUAGAGACUGUAAUAGGUCACACAUGUAAUUAAUUAAAAAUAGUAAGAGAAACGGAACAUAGAGCCAUAAGUGGUAUAAUGCAUGAGGCUUUUUAGAAGUUGUUUAAGAUGCUUAAAGCACAGUGGUCUCAUAUUUUCACACGAGUGCCUAUUGUUUCUAUAUCGCCGAUUCCAGACCAACAAUUGAAAUUCUCACACCCAGAGGUUUUCAUGUUUGUGUUCUGGCAGCUGUGGGAUUUAAACAAACUGAACGAAAACAACAAUUAUAUAGAACACACGUAGUAGAUUGUUAAAUAUAAUCUUAGGAAAUUAUAGAUGAUAUACAUUAUCCCUUUAAAAAUAUAGUUACCGAAUGAGGACUAUACCACUGCAAUGCACUUCUCAUAUAACACAUGCAUUGAAGAAACAGGGCUUCUCACAGGACGCCCACUAUUGAAUUACAUUGAACCCUGCAGAUCAUUU